CUGAGCCGGUGUUUUUCCACUCAGCAGGAUGGGUGAUGCUCAACGCUCCCUCAUUAGACAACAGAGACGAGAGGUCAGGAAGAAAGCGCUUAUAAAUCACCCCCGCCUCCCUCGCAGCCCGGCUAGUCGGGCGGUACCUUUCCCUGGGACGCACCGGGCAGACGCCUAGAGCCCUGGCCAGCUACCUGAGCCCGCAGCAGGAAGAGAAAAUCCAUUCAGGAGAGACUCUUCUUCAUGUAAGUGUUAUUUAUGUUCAUUUAUGAAAUUACAAAAGGAUUAUAAAAACGAUUAGAAUGUUCAAAUACUGAACGCUUACCAUCUGCUCAUAGAAACCAACUGAACAAAGAGCAUGUAAAUAUAAACUUCAGUUACACAAUAACAAUACUCAAUACCUGUUAUCUCAAAUCUAUAUAUGCAGUUCUAUUGUGUAUAUCAUAGUAGUACCUAGGCACCAUCACAAAGUACUUUACAGAUAUUGGUAACUCCUAUGAAGUAGGUAUGAAGUAACGUCUCACUUUAUAUAUGAGGGGCAACGGAUGCAGAGAAGUUGAGGGUCUCUACCAAAGCCCAUUAACUUGAUGGAAAAACUUCCAUUGACUUCAGUGGGCUUUGGAUCAAGCCCUAAGUGACUUGGCCAAGGUCAAAGAGGGAAUCAAUAUCAGAGCUCAGUUUAGAACUCAGGAGUCCUAGCUCCCAGUCCUAUGCUAAAAAUAAGCUUCUCUCUUUUGGAUUCUUCUACAAAAUCCAAGUUGUGUCUGUAAAGUUGUUUUUGUUUAUUUGUUUAUGUGUGUGGCCUCUUGUAGCAUACAGAUAUUUCAGGCCUUUUUUACAACCCAUGGACCCUCUAAAAUGAGAUUAAAUAACACCAGCCAUCAGUGAAUAUUGUUGCAAAUGUUUUGUGAAUACAUUUGCCUCCAGAAUAAAUGCUCAGUCUACAUCAGGCUGAUGAAUCUUGUACAGGACUCUCCAUAGAAUACGUAAAGCUACACAUCAUGGAGUUCAACAGUUUUACACGUCGCCUAGCAACUUGAUUUGCUUGCAGAUCUCUGAUUUUAAAACUUUGAGUAGUCAAGUAAAUUCUGCUCCAGUAUCUCUCUCUAGUAAGUAAAGUCAAGAAAAUCUUUCAAGAAGCAGCAUAGGUUAAGACCAUUAUUGCCUUAGUGCAAAAUGAGCCUUAAUGAGGAAAAUGACUGCAUUAAUUGCAAUGCAGAGGACCCGCUUUAUAUAACUUUGAAGCACGCACUAGGUCAAGUGGCGUGGCAAGCCAUGAGCAUUCACAUCAAUCUGACUUCUCAUAAAUCAACAUUUUUUCAGAAAAUAGCAUACGUCUCUGAAUUACGGCAUUAGAUUAGACUCAGAUAGAAACUCCUGGUUAAUAUGUAGCAAAAUGCUGUGUGGUGACAAAUGUUUUUUGUGUGUGUUAUUGGGCUGGAAUGUUAGUUCCGCUUUUAGAUAAAAGGAGCUUGCGCAAUGCACCAUUGUAGACCAUUAUUUCCCUGGCUAGUACGAUAGUUAUGUAGUCAACUGUGUUCAGCUGUUUCUCUCUUACGCUACCCUUUAUUUUGCAUUUCAAUAAGAGGAGGGCUUAGGUGUAGGCAGAGACUUGAGCCUCUUUGAAUCUAGCAAGACACAACUGCGUGGUCCAUUGCUAGUCAAAAAUCUAUUGAAAACUCGCUCUAUUCUGGCUAUAUUUCUGGCAGAAAUGUUAUAAGAAUUUUAUUUUGUAUCUUUGAAUUAUGAACAUUCUUUUGGCUGGUUUUAUGGAAAUCGUUAGGGCAAUCAAUUAAGGAUAAGCUUUUUCAAAGGAGAAGAGCAUGUGUAUAUUAAAUGAAAAAAAACCCACACCAGCAAUUAAAAAGAAGGGUCCUUUACACUGGGAUGCUAAAACUGAGACUGAGGGUAUCUUUGAAAAGCUACGGUACCAUUUUUUAAAAGACAAUAGGAAUGGAAAAAUUCCAGGAGUCAUAUUACUCACUUUUUUCAACAUGGGACCCCUAAUAUAGAAAAUUCAAGUCUCUUGAAAAGAGUUCAAAGGACACAUUUCCCCCAGCUUUUUAAAGAGGAAUCACCAGGGUAACAAAAACAUCUUUAAAGGAAGAGGCUCCAAAUAGAAAAAGAAACCUAAAGACAUGAUGAUACGGUGUCCCGACGUUGUACGCUAGAAUCUGGAGCCCAUUGGAAUGCAGAUUCAAAGAUCUCCCUCUAGUGACUUUAAUAUCAUAAAGCUGAAUAUCUGGAUAAUCUAGAGCCUUGUAACUGGAAUAUAUUCCAUAAAAUGGAUCAGUGAUACAAAAUUUAUGGCCAAGAGGCCACAUGCAGUACAGCCUUCUACCACCUGCUGUGGCAUUUCAGCAGCCAAAGGCAAGCUUUGAGCACCAGAGCCUCUCUCUUCUGGUUCUGUGCAUGAAAUAUCAUGACUCAGAUUUGAUGUCUGUAACCUGUCUCUAUAUGUGCCUCAGUGCCUUGGCUCCCUUUGGCUUCUUCAACAGUAUGAAUUUCCAAAAGAGAGUUUACUCCAGGGAUGUGAAUAAUCAGAAUAUUGUCAAGUGUCGGAAUUAUGAAACUUCCAGGAUAGAAACCUGUCUGUGCAGUGUGAAUUUUCAGAAGGGUCUAAACUUCCGCGGAUAUGAAUUCUAGAUUGGGAUUAACCCCAUCGACUGUGAAUGACCAAAAUGAGGCCUCUUCGAUAAUGUUAAACUUUCAGAAGCUAAUAAUCCCCCCAGAAUGUGAACUCUCAAGAGGAAAUUAAUCCCAGGGAUUUCAAACUUCAGAUGGUGGAUCCCACUGAUAUAUCUGAAUUCUCAGAGGUGCCUCGGACACGUGAAAUAUUUGCAGGGGCCACCUCCUGCCAUUGUGACAUUUUGAAAAAGGACUCCUGGUGACAGUAACCAGGCAUUUGUAUUAUAAUGAUAAUAAAGGGACCGUCUUGUGAUUGUCACUUUGCGACAAAUACUACCACAAUUCAUUACUUUCCAUCAGUGCCUCACCCUAUGGAGGAAUCACCACUGCCCAUCCACAGUGAGAAGGGGACAGAAGUCCCGACUGAAACCAGAAACAUGGCAACAAAGGAGAAGCUUCAGUGUUUGAAAGAUUUCCACAAGGACAUCCUCAAACCUUCCCCUGGCAAGAGCCCUGGGACACGCCCUGAGGACGAGGCAGAGGGGAAGCCACCUCAACGGGAGAAGUGGGCGAGUAAGAUUGACUUUCUGCUGUCCGUGGCUGGUGGAUUUAUUGGUUUAGGCAAUGUCUGGCGGUUUCCGUAUCUCUGCUAUAAAAAUGGCGGAGGUGCAUUUCUUAUACCUUAUUUCAUUUUCCUGUUUGGGGGAGGUCUUCCUGUGUUUUUCCUGGAGGUGGCGCUAGGACAGUAUACCUCUGAAGGAGGAAUUACAUGCUGGGAAAAGAUCUGCCCUAUUUUCACUGGAAUUGGUUAUGCUUCCAUAGUGAUUGUGUCCCUUCUGAAUGUAUACUACAUCGUCAUCCUGGCUUGGGGAGUGUACUAUCUGUUCCAGUCAUUUCAGAGCGUCCUACCUUGGUCACUUUGUGGUCAGAAGUGGAACACACCUACUUGCAUGGAAGACACUCUCAGGAAGAACAAAACACUCUGGCUGUCACUGAACAUUACAAACUUCACUUCGCCUGUCACAGAGUUUUGGGAGCACAACGUACUGAGCUUGUCUACAGGGAUUGAUAAUAUCGGUGUUGUCAAGUGGGAUCUAGCACUGUGUCUUCUCUUUGUCUGGGUGAUAUGUUUCUUCUGCAUUUGGAAAGGCGUCAAGUCUACUGGGAAAGUUGUGUACAUCACCGCUACAUUCCCAUUCGUCAUGCUUAUUGUGCUGUUAAUCCGUGGUGUCACCCUGCCUGGAGCUGCAGAGGGCAUCAAAUUUUACCUUUACCCUGAUGUAUCACGGUUAGCAGAUCCACAGGUCUGGAUAGAUGCUGGGACACAAAUCUUCUUCUCGUAUGCAAUCUGCUUAGGAGCAAUGACAUCCCUGGGAAGCUACAACAAGUAUAAAUACAACUGCUACAGGGACUGUUUGCUGCUGGGAUGCCUGAACAGUGGUACCAGUUUUGUGUCUGGCUUCGCAAUUUUUUCCGUCCUGGGCUUCAUGGCACAAGAGCAAGGGGUGAACAUUGCUGAUGUGGCAGAGUCAGGUCCAGGUCUGGCCUUCAUUGCCUACCCAAAAGCUGUGUCCAUGAUGCCAGUGCCUACCGUUUGGGCUAUCCUUUUCUUUGUUAUGCUUCUGUUGCUUGGACUGGAUAGCCAGUUUGUUGAAGUUGAAGGACAGAUCACGUCACUAGUUGAUCUGUACCCAUCCUUCCUAAGGAAGGGUUACCGACGGGAAAUCUUCAUUGCUAUAGUGUGUUUCCUUAGCUAUCUUCUGGGACUAACUAUGGUGACUGAAGGUGGCAUGUAUGUGUUUCAACUCUUUGACUACUAUGCAGCUAGUGGUGUAUGCCUUUUGUGGGUUGCAUUCUUUGAAUGUGUUGCUGUAGCCUGGGUUUAUGGCGCUGAUAAUAUUUACGAUGCCAUUGAAGAUAUGAUUGGAUACAGACCUGGUCCCUGGAUGAAAUGGAGCUGGAUUGUAAUCACACCACUUCUUUGCGUGGCGUGCUUUAUCUUUUCUCUGGUCAAGUAUACACCUCUGACCUACAACAAAGUUUACACAUACCCUGACUGGUCCAUCGGCCUGGGAUGGGUUCUUGCCCUUUCCUCCAUGACCUGCAUCCCAUUGGUCAUGGUCAUCCGCAUUGUAAAGUCGGAUGGCUCACUUAUUGAGAGAAUAAAAGCAGUGGCUGCCCCUAAGGAAAUGAAUCGGUGGGCCAAAGAAACAGAAAGCACCACCUCGUUCUGCACCAAUGGAACUCCUAACGGUGGAUUGAUUAAGCCAACUCAUGUCAUUGUGGAGACUAUGAUGUGAGCUCUCUCUGUGAGAGGAUAAACCUGCUUUAACUGCCAUUUACUAACCAUAGAUUCUCAUAGGACCGGGUUUACAGAGCUUUAUAUUUGCACUAGGAUUUAUUUUUAUUUCUCACAGAGAAAGUUGUUUUUUGUGGUGUUUUUUCUCUCUCUCUUUUUUUUUUUACAUAUUUUGUAAGGUAAUCACAGCAGAAGCCUCGCGCAGGAGGCAGCUUUCAUAUCAGACUAGACCUAUUACAGGAAUUUACUACCAUUGGGGUUUUUAACACAUGUUAAUAGCUCUCUGAAUAUUAUACAUCUUAUCACUUGAAAUUGAUUUUCUUGCCAGCAAUAUAUUCAAAUCUCAGAAAGCAAUUUUUUAGGUGCUGGUGUGGUUGGGAACAGGGUAAACAAACCCUAGAACUCAUGAGUGAGCUCUGUUGAGAGAAAUUGCAAAAAAAAAAAAAAGAAGCCAAAAGGUGGAUGUUGCUGCAAGGGAUUGGUUUUCAAAGGUGUAGUGCUUUCGUCCUCUGGUUCAGGCAGGGUGAAUGACCGAUUUCUGAGUCAUGAUGCUACCUUUGCUAUGGUCAAUAUAAAAAUAUAUAUCUGGUCAGCUGAAGGAGAGACAUGUAUGGGGGAGGGGCAAUGCAGUUAGGAAUUAAAUACCCAAUCAGGACACCUGUCCCUCUUGAGCAGCGUGUAAAAAGUCCAGUCACAGUAGAAGAGAAACUACUUAUUGCCUACAGAAGACAUUUUGCCUGAGGAAGGAGUUUUGUGCACAGACCCGUUAAUUUUCCAGCAUGCCAUAGGUUAGCUGAGGUGUUACUGGUUUAAACUUGCACUUUGUACGAACAGAAUGGUAGGAGCAGCCUGUGUGAUAGUGAAGAUCUGAAUUAUGGAGAGGCAGCAUUCGUGUUUUAUGGAAUUUAAAAUAUAUAUGUAUUUUGUAAACUGCUGGUCUUUGGUAGCAAAAGAAAAAUAUAUUGAGGACAAUGAUCACACCAAGCUUAACGCCCAGCAUGUUAUUCAUUACCACAGGAGCAAAGCAGCCCAGGUAUAUAUUGUUCACCAGGCAUUUCCAGCAGGCACAUUUUUAAUAAUAGUAAUUAAAUUAAGAGAACAACAAUGCUUAGCACACCCCUAUGCGCUGUUCAUCCAUAUACCUCAAAUUGGUAUCCCUGUGUAUUUAUUGUACUAUUGUUGUUGCAGUUGGGAAAGCAGGCCCUGGAAGGGAAAGUGACUUGUCCAAGGUUACAGAAACUCAGUGGCAGAGCUAGGGCUAGAACUCAGGUCUCCUGACUGUCUUGCCCCAGAGGACCAUACUGUCACCAUUUUGUUUUUUGGGUAAUGCAUUUAUCAGGGACAAAAAAGGGGGAAUUCCACCUACUGUAAACUAGGGCUUUAUGUAAACUAAGAGAAGUAAGUAUGUAAUUUUUCUUUGGUUAAAAAACAUUACAUACCAUUCCAAUUUAGACUUAAAAGAAAGCAUUUAAUGCAGUAGAAAGCUGCUAAGCAGUUUUUAAAGCUGGAUGGCUGUAGGUAAAUUGAUCACAUAGGCCAGGUCAAGAAUUUCAAUCGAGAUUUGCUCCAUGAAGAAUUUCAAACAUCUGGAUAGAUCUUGUUUCACAAACCUCAAUACAUGCUGAGAAGAGGCUCCCUAAAGAAAUCCAGCCCUUUCCAUUUGGGUACUGUACUUGGGAGAUAAUCCUCCUAAUUGUAGUACCAAAGUUAGGCUAGCCAAAGGGAUCUGGGGGGAGCUUCAGCAGCCGAGUCUGUACCUGCUUAUACUAUUGCCAGUUCAGUUUGUCCAUGGGUAGAUUUUUGCAGUUUAAAUGGGAACAUAUCCAGUUCUUAACAUUCCUACAUGGGACAUUUUAAAAAAGAUGUCCCAUGCAUUAACUGUAUGCAGUGUUGUUACAGCCAUGUCGGUCCCAGGAGAUUAGAGAGACAAGCUGAGUAAGGCAAUAUCUUUUGUGGGACCAACUUCUGUUGGUGAGGGAGAUAAGCUUUUGCGCUACACAGAGCUUUUCUUCAGGUCAUGCACUAACUGGUCAUUGCAGCAGAAACUUGUCAUGUUAGUAUUAAUGUAAAAUGGAAGGGGCAAUUUAGAAAUAAGAAAGGGACCAAAAAAAAAGUGUCUUGUAUAGUUGGAGAGUCUUUAUAAUUUGCGUCUCUGUUUUUAAGUCAGAGGGGCUGAAUUCCAGCAACAAGAACAGCCAACACCACAUUAAUUUUGUUUUCUUUUCCAAUUACUGUAUUAUGAGAGUUGCAGAUGAAACACUUAUAAUUUGUUAUGGCAACUAUCACAUCUCGUGCUGAAGGUAAAAGCCACCCUGAAGCUACUCAGGGUGUCUUGACCACCUCAACAGAAGAAUUUUCUAAGCCAACAUGAUUAAAAUUGGAUUUUGAGAACUUUACUGAAGAAAAAAAAAACAAUUAAAAUCAAUUCCUGUCUUAAAUAUUGUUUUAACCUUUGACUAUCAAAAGGCAACUAAAUUAAAGCUAAAACUCUGUCAGACAUGUUAUGUAUUCCAGCCUUUGUGGAAAUGGAGAAGGCCUGAGUCAAAGCCUGCUGCAGUCAAUGGAAGGAUUCUCAGUGGGCUUUGGAUCAGGCCUUUUGUCCUUCUCAAAAUCUCGUCAUACUUUGUGUAUAGGCACAAUGGCAUGAGUUAAGGUGAGAAUAGCAACCCAAUAAUUAAAUUCCUCAUUUCAGUUAGUGUAAAUUACAGUAACAUAUUUUGUUAUAGACUCACAUUUUGUGUGUGCACACAUACUCUAGAAGGGGUACAUCUGAGAGGGACACUAAUUAGAAAAAUAGUUUGACGGUUGAGAUUGAGAUUUCAUGCUUCACACAUGGUGGAGGGUGGAUUUGCAUUAGGAACCAGAGGGUUAAUACUACACCUUUAAAACUACAAAUAAACAAGAACGAGAGCCCAGCGCCAUUUUGACUCAAACUGUGCCAUUCAAAUCAGUCGCUUCCAUGUUCCAAGUGAAAGUGUCUCACACACAUAUGCAAUGACCUCACUGAAGUUCUGCUGGUAUAAGGUUCGCUGGUCCUGACUGUGCUAUUCAUCCUGACCGCAAGAAAGGGCCGGAUUCAUGAAGAGCUAUUAAAUCAUCCUUUCUCUUGAACAGUCACCCAGAACAAUGCUGGUCAGCAUCCCACGGUUUUGAGCACCAGCGAGCCUAUUCACAGUUUAGAAUGUUUCCUAAUGCUUUAUCUACAUUUUACCUGGUGGUAAACUUGCAUUUCAACAUUAUAGUCUGCUAAAUUAAAACAAAAGGUAAAUGAAUCUUUCAAGUUCAUAUUUUCUACGUAUUUAUGGUUGCAAUGAUAACUAAUUUUCUAAUUUACUUUGUAGCAAUAUGUGACCUAUUUUACCUGCAGCGGAGGCACUAAAUAUCAUGACUAAUCAUAGGUGAACUGAUUUCAGUUAAGGGGAAAAUACCCCAGCUGUUGGCCUCUUUUUACAUUUCAUGCACCGUUGUACUUUGUGAUUUCUUCUGGGUUUGGAAAUGGCAAUAUUUCCAACUUCACUGAAAUCAGGUACUGAAAAUUUCAUGGGGGAAAUCUUUCGCUCACAAGAUUUUCAGACCAAAGCAGUGCAGAUAAUCGAAACUUAGGAUUCUUAUCUAAACCAAACCUUCCAAACUCUUGCAGUCCACCUGUCACUCGUCGUGAUCUCAUUAAAAGUCACACAGUAUAAUAACGUAACCAGUAGACUGUAUUGGUACAACAUGGUUUCAUGAACAGAAUUUGUUUUGGUUCUCAUUAAUUUUCCUUUUCACCUGUCUAUUGAUGACUCUGGUCCAAACAGAUCUAUGAGCUUCCAUAUGUUCUCACUGAAGUUUGAGAUAUGGAAACCAACAUGGGUCAGUUCCUAUGCAGCAAACGAAAAUAAAAAAGGACAGUAGUUCUGUGUACCACCUUAACAUAUGUUGCUAUCCAAGCUGCAGUGGAAGGUCAGCUCUUGCAUGUGGGUUCGGGAAGUGGAUCAGCAAACGUGAGCUGCACUGGUGCACUUGGAAAAAAAAGUGCAGCCUUCUAAUCGUUUUAACAAGACAACGGCAGAGAAUUUUAUAUUGUCACUGUAAUCACAUGAUCAGUGGCUAAUCAGAACUCCGGCUUGUUUUUAAUGUAGUAUGUGCCCUAAUUGCUCACCUGCAGAUGAACAUGGCUACCCAGCCUCUGUCCCAAAUAGCUCUAGAUCUGAAGAAGGGUGAAAUGCCCAGCAGUCAGUAGUACGUUGUUGAGCAGAAUUGACAAUUUGGUAAUGUCUUUGUCAUAAGUGGGUUCAAAUCCUGUACCCACUGAUAACAAUAGCUUAACCGCCAUUUGUCUUCAGUGGGAGAAGGACUGAACACCUGGAAUAACUGGUUAUGAAGCCAUGGCUUGUGGUCACUGUGGGUCAGGUGGGGAGACAAUGUAAAUAAAGGGUUAAAUAAGAGGUGUAUUGAGUGGAGGGCACAGACUACUAAAGUGUUUCAAGUGCACUGGGAAGAAAGUUGGCCAUCACCUCACAUCGAGGAAAUUCAGUGCAUUUGGCACGCUCCCUGUAGCAAACAACUGUUUUCAAUUCACAUCUCAAAUGAGACCCCCCACCACAAUUAAAAACAGCCUUAGGGGAGGUGCUGCUAUGUCCAGUCUUCAAAGUAUUUACAGCAUUCUUGGGAGAUGAUCUGAUCAGGUAUUGCUGGCAAAGAAAAGUGUGCAAAGGAAAAGCUCUUUUGAGUGCACUGCAGCACCAAUGCCACCCCACCUUGUUUGAUGAUUGACAAGAGUGCACUGAAGUAGGGUGGGACAGGUUAGCCAGUAUUCAUAGGUGAGAAGCCUAAACCUCAAGGAGCCAAGAUCACCUCUUCUUAACUAGUGAUGGGGUGAAAUAAAAGCUCAGAACCAACCACCCUGAACUUUGGGGAACCUAGGUUAAAAUUCAUGGCUGCCUCUGUCAUAGGCUGAACUGAAAUCCCAGGUGCAAAAUACCCCCAAAGAGAGUUCAGAUAUGGAUCUGAAGGUCACAGCUUGGGCCCAUUUCUUCCAGAGUUAGAUGCCAAAGCCUUGUAUUUAGAAUUAAAGGUUAUUAUUAACUCUCAGCUGAGAAGCGUUCAGGAACUUCUAGGACACAACCUUUAAUCUGUUAUAUUUAUUCAUUGUUAAUCUAGGAUGAACAUGCUCCUAAUUGUACUAAUUUGUUUACAGAGGAAUUAAUGUUAAAUAGGACACGUUGGGUUUACAGCUUUGUGAUGUAUUACUCUUUAGUUUAUUCUGAGCUACUCUAAGGAGGACAUCAAAGCAUCAGAUCAAAUCCCUAGUUACAAAGAUAAACAUGACUCAAGCAUCUGUGGACACAGAACAUAAGAAAACAAGCUGAGUGCAUAAAAUAAGAUCUUGAUCCUGCAUGCCUUGGUCAGGUUAAAAAGCUCACUGAUUUCAAUGGACAAUUUAAUUUCAGCAGAAAUUUUGCCCAAAACAGUGCCCAACCAGGACUACAGCUGGUCCAAUUUUUUUUUUAAAGGAAAUCUCCCCUGCCAAAUGGAAAAUGUUUCAUUCAAAGAGUUCUAGUUUUUCCAAGGCAAACAAUGUCAAAACAUUUUCCGUCCCCCCCCCCCCUUUUUUUUUUUUUUUUAAAAAAAAGUGGAAAUUUUGAAAAAAAAUUCUUCAAAAUUUCCAUAAAAACAUCAAAUAAAACCCAGGUGGCAUUUUUCAACCAUUUCUAAUCAAAAGCUAAAACAAGAUCUGAAAAAGCUUAACCAAAAUACAGCUUUAGAGUUGGUUUUAAACCUGGAAUCAAGCAAGGAUCAAAGUCUGUGAAGGCAGGUUGAAAAAUGUGUGUGCAGGGGGGAGGGAGUCACAAAACUUUUGUUAAUUUAGCCUUCCAUUUUUUCCCCAUUAAAAUCAGAAUUUUAGGCCCAAUCAGAGGAUACAGGAGAACUAGGAAAAGAAACUGGAUUUGUUUAGCCUGGCACUUGUUGUCUGUAAAUCUGCAGCUGAGGUGUGAAAAGGUUUUUACAAUAGACAAAGUGGCAGAACACCAGUGUUGAAAAGGUGUUGGGAGGCUGAACGUUGUGGGACAGAUUGAGGUGGGUCCAUCAUUUGCUCUUGUCGAAGAACUCAAGGAUGUUCUCUUAGCAUUGGAUUAAUUGAAGUACUGCUCUGAAAUGCUCAUUGUUUUGCUCGGAUUUUUUUUUCAGUGUGAUGUUGUGAUUGUUACCUGAUAGGUCUCCAGGGACUUCAGAUAGUAAGCAGUGGUCCAUCUUGUUUGAUGUAUUUAGCUAAAAACAGUGGUGGUGGUGAUUUUUGUUUUUUAUUUAAAUUCCUAAUAACUGUAACUACAGUAUGUGAUAAGUAGCACGUGGCAGAGUGACGAUGUUGAAGUCACCUGACCUUUUUAAAAAUUUUAACAAUAAUUUUUAAAAAAAAAUCUGGUUUUGUUCUGAGCAGGACUGUUUGUAUUUGAAUAAGAUCCUGGAGUGUAAUUCAAUCCUUAAAACUAGCCUUUGUGUAUACAGUAAAUGUUUGUAUUUUGCAGUAUCUGUUUUGAUUUUUAGAUAAAAAUGUAUAUUGAUAUUUUUAAGUCAUCUUUGCUUUUUUAGAUGGAGUUUGUAAUCACCUUAUAACAGAAAAUAAAUUUUUCCUUUAUAAA